AUGAAGAAGACACACGUUGAACCGUCUACUACGGCGGAGAUAUCCAAUCUUAAAGAUAUGGUUGCUAGCGACAUGGCAGACGGAAAGAAGGACAUUGAUCUAGGUCAGAUCCUGGAGGUUCAAACUUCACCGCAAUUGGAGCGGAGGGUUUUAUUGAAGAUUGAUUACAUUAUGAUGCCUCUCAUGGGAUUUUGUUAUAUGUUACAGUAUAUGGACAAGCUCGCAUUGAGUCAAGCUACUCUGUUCAACGUUCGGAAAGACUUGCACCUUCACGGUAUGGAAUAUUCUUGGACAUCAGCCAUUUUCUACUUCGGCUACCUCGUCUGGAGCUGGCCAACGUCUUACCUCAUUGUCCGAUUGCCAUUGGGGAGAUACCUGGCCUGCUCAGUGUUCGUAUGGGGCGGCGUACUCAUGUGUCAUGCAGCAUGCAAGAAUUUCGGCGGCUUGAUGGCUGCCAGAUUCUUCCUCGGAGUCGGCGAAGCUGCCAUAGCUCCAGGGUUUGCGUUGCUUACCGGAAUGUUUUAUAAAAGGGAGGAACAGCCACUACGGCAAGCAGCUUGGUUUAUCGGAAACUGUAUCGCAAACUCGAUCGGGGGUCUUGUCGCCUACGGUAUUGGCCACAUCCAUUCGUCCAGUCUGGUCUCCUGGCAAUUCAUCUUUUUGAUUCUUGGAGCUGUAACUUCAGGAUACGCGAUUAUUCUUUAUCUGCUGUUACCUGAUUCCCCCGCCAAUGCUAUAUUUCUGAAGAAGCAUGAACGUGCUAUCGCGAUUCAACGGACAUUGGAGAACAAGACUGGAAUAUUGGACGUGGGAAAGUUCAAGAUGAACCAAGUAUUGUUUGCUCUAAAGGACCCCCAGGCAUGGCUACUAGUGUCUUACACCUUCUGUGUGAAUUUGUCUAAUGGAGGAAUUACAACUUUUUCCGCCAUCAUUGCCCAAGGAUUCGGCUUCUCCACCUUCAAAGUGCUUUUGAUAUCCAUGCCCUCCGGUGCCGCACAACUUAUCUUCCUCCUCCUAACCUCUACCAUUGCAACUUUUGUACGCUCCACACGGAUUAUUAUGAUGAUCGCAAACUGCCUUGUUGCUCUAAUCGGAUUUCUGCUUGUUUACCGUCUCGACCCAGACGCUCGAGUAGCCAAAAUGACUGGACUUUGUCUCGGUGCAGUCUUUGCAGCUAAUAUCCCCCUAUCCCUCAGUCUGAUCACUUCAAAUGUCGCCGGUAUGACGAAGAAAAGUACUGUUAGUGCGAUGUUGUUCAUUGCAUACUGUGUGGGAAAUAUUGUUGGACCGCAGUUUUAUUUGGCGUCUGAGGAGCCUACUUAUGAUACUGGCAUGCGAUCUGCUAUUGCUGGUAUAUGCCUCGGCAUCCUUUCCCUCGUAGGACUGUACGUCUACUACUCCUGGGAAAAUCGUCGGAGGGACAGAGUGUACGGAUCGCCGGAGACAUUGACGGAGCAUUUGCAAUCGGAAUUACUCAAUGUGACUGUGACUGAUCAGGAGAAUGAAAGUUUCAGAUAUGUCUUGUAA